CUGGAGUCCUAGAGACUGAGCACUGGAACUUCUAGUUGAGAGUUCUCGUCGGAGCAACAAGGAGCUCACAGAAGACCCUCGGAGGGCAAUUUAGAGCUUAUCGCUUAUAUUACUACAGUUGCACCUUGUACCAGAGUACAGCCUAGUUGCUGCUGGCUGGGUGUCGGGGCUAGAUCCCCUUUCCAGUUAGGUGUAGAUCCCAGGGUUCUCAUACCCUAAGCAUUAAAUAAAACUACUCUACUGGUACAACAAUAUGCACAGAUUAUCUCAGUCCACAUGGUGAAGCUGCGGAAUCUGACCCAGCGAGUGGAGAGAAUCGAGACAGGAGGUUCCUACACCCAGCUCGACUUUGAGCUGCUCAAGCUGGAGAUCCAAGAGCUGGUGUCACUCACCAAUCAACUGAAGCUCACGAUCAAUGGAAGCAACACCAUCAUCGACCAGCUUUACAUGGAGAUUCAGAACAUGUCAAUCAUCGUGCACCAACUGGAAUCAUAUGACAAGAACAACGUCCUGCAGAUCCGCAAGGAGAUUACAGCACUGAAGGAGCGACUGGCAGAGUGCGAGAAGAACCAGGUUCCAACAACCCCUCCAUCGAUUGAUUACGGGAGCUGCAAUCAUGGUGGCAUACUCAAUGUGACCGAGCCUUUCGUGACACAGCUGAACUGGCUGGGAUUUAGUUAUAAAUUUGGAGGGUGGGGCAAAGACCCCAGUCCCCUUCCCUCUGAAAAGCAGCUGUACUGGGUAGCACCACUCGUCAAUGAACAAAGGCUCGACACGUUUCGGGUCUACUCUUCGUACGACGAUUUACUGCUCUACAAGAAUCCAAUUGAGAAAACACUGGUGAUUCCAGGACGUUACCCAAACUAUGGAAACACAGGUCAGGGAAGCGGGAUGGUCUUAUACAAUAACACUUUGUAUUAUAACUGUUACAAUACUAGGGACAUGUGCAGGGUUAAUGUAGACACAGGGACUGUGCAGAGAGUGACCCUGGCUGAUGCUGUCUACAAUAAUAGGUUCUCAUAUCAGGGUGUUAAAUUCCAGGACAUGGACUUUGCCGUUGACGAAACUGGCCUGUGGGUCAUUUACUCCACCGAUGAAAAUGCCGGGAACAUGGUUAUCGGUAAAAUUAACACAACAUCCUUCACUGUGGAGAGGACAUGGGUCACGAGACAGUUCAAACCUGGUGUGACCAAUGCCUUUAUGGUCUGUGGGGUGUUGUAUGCGAUUAGACCAGUGAGCACACGGGUGGAGGAAAUUUUCUAUACAUUUGAUACCAGAACUGGUGAGGAAGGUACACUUGCUAUAAAGAUGGAUAAAGUGAUGGAGAUUUUACAGAGUGUCAGCUACAACCCCUCUGAUCACAAGCUGUAUGUCUACAAUGAUGGCUAUCAGGUGACUUAUGAUGUGAUAUUCAAACCUGAUCAAUAAUCAGGUACCACUCGAUCACUGUAACCAUGAGCAAAGUGAUCAGCAAAGGCUGGAAAUCAUUGGGAAAUCAGGGUCUGGAUUUGAAUUUCUGUAGCUGAAUAUCAAUUUAUAUUUCACCUCCAAGUUAAUGUUAAAGUUAAAACAGCAAAACCAUGCUGCUGAAAACAAAUCACUCAAUUGCAAGUUUGGAUCAAUUCUCUUUAUAAACAUCCUGUGUUCUGAUUGUGACGAUGUUUUGUUCAUCCUAAUUAGUGCUGGGACUAUUUGCCUGCAAGAGUGAGGUUACUGAUCCUAGGUUGCAGCCUAUGGGUUUGGAUGACUGUACAAUCAAUGUUACACUGUGUCUAGUGAUGCAAUCCCACUGCCUUUAUAUCCCAUAAGUGGUAAUAUCACAUGAAAAUGGUUGUCUUAAUGCCAAUGAUCAUCUCAGUACACUGAACAAACAGUCCCUGCUUGACUGGGGGGGGGUGGGGGAGUUGUUGGGUGUGGCGGUCGUGUUUUUGAUGAUUUGGAAUCUCUGUCCUGGUGGAGAUAUUAAAUUAUUUCUGAAUCUGUUACAUUAUCUGAUGUAAUGUAAUGUGGAGAGCUUAUAUUGCAAAACAUCACAAAUUGAUUAAUAAAAAGCAA